AUGCGUCUGGUUUUUACGUUUGUGAAGGACGAUGCGGCGGCGGUUGUGGCCAAUGCAUGUUUCUACAAUGGCAGCUGUGUUAUGUUGCCAAAAGCGGACAAACAAGGGGUCGCUCUGAAGGAGCGAAACGAACGGCCGCCACGCGGCCCGCCGAUUCAACUAGUGAGAGUUUUGAUGGAAGACCUCACGUAAGACGAAUUCCGCCGUUGCACAAGAGGCCAAAUAGGCGUCUGACCAGUCCAGUUCAGAGCCCGCACAAAAGGGCAGGGGCUUCAGGACCAGGUACGUAUGCUACACUAUCAUAUUCUUCGUAGAUUUACUCACAGAAUAACGUCGGAAUCGAAGGACGACGACGAUGACGGCGACCACUAUGCACUAACUCGCUCCAAACAAUCCCAAAGGUCGCUAGGUAGUCAGCCAGCGCUACCGACGACGCUACGAUAGAAUCCCAAGAGUCUUUAAUAAAAAAAUGUUUAUUUAUUUAUAUAGUGAGAAUACGGAUGCCAAAUGACUUGUAAGCCAUGAAAAGAUGAAAAUGCUGUCGUUGCCUCCGUCGCAUUGAAUAGACUUUUGCAGUCUACAACAGGACUAACUUAUAAGCAAGUGACGAAAGCGCAGGAGGUACCAAGACCGCUGUCCUUAUUUGUUCAAAAUGAUUUCGCAUUUAUGUGAUAAUAAUGUCCUUAAUUUAGUUCAAUUCAAGUCAAUUUGUGAAAAAUGGACCGCAAAUUACAUAAGCAGGUCACCCUCCUACAUGAGCUUUGGCGGCAACAAGCGGCAACACCUAGUGAGGCUGAAAGCCAUAGGCCAUCCGACCUGCACUGGCCUAUAUGCACUUCAGAGACAUACGAUGUUUCCGUUCGAUUGAUGCAUACCCAUUAGAGUUGCCAGCAAAAGACGGUAUGAAAAUAUCGAAUUUGAUUUACAUUUUACGGCUUGUAGAUAAAAUAGUCCAGCAUUGUGAGAGGAUGGGACGAGAAGGAGUUUUUGGUUAUCUUUUAUUUACUAUGCUUAGGUCGCCUCUGUGCUACAGUUCCUGCCCGGUCGGGUCCAUGUCCAAUCAGUCCAUUGUAGGAUGCUCACUGUACACAAUUUUAAUCCUAAGUGCAAUUCAGUUGUAACACAAGCAGAGGCCAUCCAUCACAAUCUUGUUUUCAGUCAUUGUGUCAGUUAUUUCGUUCGUAAAAUGGCCAUUGACUGCUUCCACGGAUCGAAAGACCGAUAUGGUGGCCGGGCUAAAUGUUUGGAAACCGCCCAGAAGGCAAAGUUCUUACGUCGCUUUAUUUACAAAACAUGCAUUUAUUUUCUCGGUGGGAUUGCGGACGCCGCUGAUUGCCCAAUGAUGAUUGCAUUCGAGGGCAUAGCAAAUUACAUAAGCAAACAUUAUACCAUAUUUGAUGUACGUACUGCCUUCAAUAGGGGUGCUAUUUGCGCACUAAAGUUAAGGAUAAAUUACUGUGCGUUGCGACUGCUUAAGUAGCAUAAAUUUUCUCCCUGGUUUAAAGUAAGGGUUAUUGGUUUCUGUGAACAAUUCAGUCCCGUGAGUCUUAGUGUACACUCCAUGCAACAACUGUUAGUAAAUGCGGGUAGUUGAGCAGUAAAAUUUUUCAGUAUAAUCUGUAAAGGAUCUAAAUUAUUAAUUAAUAAGUGUAACUUUUAGAAUGAAGCAAAAAUUCCAGGCUCUAAACCUCGAAGUGUCCUCCUUCAGAAGCCUAAAUCGACUUAGAUCAAAUGCGUAUUUAGCGGGUUAGGCUUUGUGUACAGGAACCCGCCAUGAAAGAUUGAAGUUCGUGGUAAACACAAUGAUCCCGUUGACCCAUUGGUAUUAGAGCAUUCACUCUUACUAUGCGUAUUUAUCGACUGUUUUUUCUUAUUUAGAUACAAUAAAACAAUUUUCGACUUAUGUGUGCAUAUUGCAUUAGGUGAAAUAGUGGGGUCUCGCAGGACACAUUGAAACUAUUACAGUUAAAAGGCAGGGUCACCAGGAAAAUGAUGUUCGUGAGUUUCAAGUUGUUACAUUUGAGUUUGAUACAUUAACGUCUUGCGGGGUUGCGCUGAGCAUGCGGAAAUUAAAAUUGUUAAGGGGUACAAAACCGACGACGAAGAGGCAUCCUCCUGCGAAAAUUUUCCGCCGUCAAUUGGCUAAAUAAGGAUGAGGAGUUGUAUGCAGCAUACGCAGCCCGCCCACAUUCCCGUGUAGCCUGCUCACAGCCCACCUCUGCCCCAAAGACCAGAGUGGGCUCGGGGGCUGGUUUUAGAAGGGAAGUGAUAUUGUUAUCGACGUGAAGUGUGACGUUAUCCGUUCUGUAGGGCAGUCUGACCGCAAAAACAACUAAAAUGCCUGUCUUUUUGAUGUGCGUAAGACCGAAUCCCUUUUUAUUUCAAGGAAAUAUGCUUUUAAGUGCGGACUAAACACCUCAGAAGAAGCAUUAAACACUAAGAUCCAUGGCGGUGAGCAGUAGUGCGGGCUAAAGCCUAGAGAUUCUGUGAAUCCUACCCUUAAUUUCGGAGUACUGUAUGCACUAUCAUCCUUCUCCUCGAAAUUUAUCUACACCUUGUUGCUGGUAUGGGAUUUAUUGUUUUUUCUACUUUUUACCCCGAAUGGUCGUUAGACAACUUUGCCACCGAACUUCUCUGCUCUGUCUGCUUAGAACGCUGAUCCGUAAGUUUCGCAUUCUGCUUUACAGAAGUUCUUUGAAACAGACAAGUGAUUCUGUUUCACGCAUUCCCAAGCAGAUAGUCGACUUUUGCGGACACCUAAAUGAUCUGCGUCUUGAAGAACAAAUAUGUUCGUUUAUCGGUUGUAUAGUCGCUUUGCGGUGUGUGGUUGUUUAUCAUUCAGCCGGCCUCUGAAAAUGAUGCCCGCUCGAACUGCGUCAGCUAUCCCAUCAGGACAGUUUCGAAAACGUGAAACAUAUCUUAAUAGUUUGAAAUCUCGUCUCAGAGAUAAUCUGAAAACAAUAACUGAGAAUUUCGAACUUAUAUUGUCUCGUGCCAAGGUAUACCUUGCUCAUGCUCAUCAAGAGCUGCGUCCUUUUUAUACAGGAAUAUGACAAUUAUUAAUUCCGCCUAAACCCUUUCUCUACUGUUCUUUACAAGGUCGAGAAUUCGGAUGUUAUCGCACGCCUAAAUCCAUAUACCCAAGCGGAACAAGACAACUUCGAAAUGAACGUCCGGUCCUGUAAUAUUGUAAGCUUGUUCUUCCACCGCGUGUUUCAAGUUACAAUUUUACUAAUGCCCCCUCUACUUCUCUGCAUAAAUUCGUGAUUUCAUUAGGUCGUACAGCAUUUACAGCUUUUUUUGCCACUGGACGCGUGCUAACAAUGCCGACAGUGAUGCGACCAUCUGCGUUGUACAACCUGUUCCUACCAUGCGAUUUGCUGCGAUUUUUCUCAUUUGGUAGACUCUUGUCAUGCCACUGACUUGUGGCUAUGGAUUCCCAUGCGCUAUCCCACAUCGUGGCAUUUACACGUUAUUUUCGCCUUGACGACCUCUCAAGUAAUGUCAUACUCUAGGUGUGCUUCGACAGGUAAUACUCACUUUCCGAUUCGCUCAACUAGCAGAAAGAUCUGUAAAAACUUAGGGUUGUGCGUUCGGAAAGCGAUUGACCGAAGCCCCUCUUGCAUUUCCCGGCCCUUACUCUUGAUCUACUCGUGUCGACUAGCAUCAGGACUAAUUUUUCCGAGUGCCCAGUGGAUCGCGAAGAAAUGCGUCCUUGCUCACCGAAAUCACUGGCGUAGUCUCAGUUGGUCGUCAUCGGCCUCCUUAUUCCUAUUCUUGUCGGCCUUACGCCCGCCAACCUAUGCAGAGGCGCAAGGGGCCGUCUUUUUAGGGGCUAAGGCUAUCGAUGAGGUCCAUGGCCACUGCUUCGACAACAUCAUGUCCGACAAGAAUGCAUGAGGGUGACUCCAUUUUAUGUCGCCCGAAUGAGUUCUUAAGCUGUCUGAGAUGACGAGCUUUCACCUCGACAACAGCGUUUACCUCCAUUCGUCAGUAACGUUCCACAUUGUUAACGGAUUUCUUAGACUGAACCUUGGAGACUUUCUGGGAACUUAGAUCCUCAGUUCGACAACUGGCAGAGGACGCGUUUGGCAUCCAUAGUACCAACCGAUUUUGUAUGUAAUCUUAUUCAAGACUCUUUGUCUUCUGCGGAACGUCUCGGUGGAACCAAAGGUUUUUCUAGAGGCGACAAAACAAGUUUCGUUUAAGUUGUCUACGAAGGAUUAUUUCCUCCUUUUACUGGCCAGUCAGUAACACAAAGGAGCAUGAGUAUACAAAGUGUACUACCACGUUAGGUCUUGACUUACCGAUGAGGGUGAAGCAAACGCUGCUUUGCUUCAUUAGCAUUAUGUAGUAAGCCAAAUUAGCGGGUGUCAACUGUGAUAUCAAGGAGAAAUCGCGUUUCCUCGUAAGCUGUCGGGCAUGACGAUGUCGUCUAAAUAUUCUUGGUCCACUACCUAAACGUGACCGCCCUAUUUUAAUGCUCUCCUAGUUGUAAAGUGCUGUUUAUGAAGCUGUAUCUAUCGCAUGAUUUAAACUGACUAUAUAAAUGACACGACUUGGAAAGCUGCUAUUCACUGCAUAGUAAUCAACCACGUCUGUUAGCUUGAACGGUGGCGCACGUAAAUUCGUGCUGCGACUUCAGCCCUUUCGUUGGCUCUGGAGCGUAAUAUUGCGGUAUUCUUGCAAACGACGCGUCUGCCGACCAAGUCGAACGUUGCAUAGAAAUCUGAGAAGCAAAUAGUCGCCGGUCGAAAGCCCUACUUUUCUUUAGGGAUUCGUCUUUGCGUGGAUAUCCGGCCUAUAUAUGGCCUUUGUCCGAACGAGUAGCACUACCCUUUCCUUACUCCACCAUUUAAAACUGCGAAAAUUGUAGGCGACGCGAAGCACAAUCUCAGUUCUAGUGUCUCUGCUAUGACAACUGUUAUAAUAGAGGCUCACGCACCGAUCGCUUUUUGGGACGCGGUCGUCUUGGGGUUCGAUACAGAGCUUCGCAGGCGACACAACUGCUGCGGGCUGUCCGAUCGCAUACAAGUCUCCGCACAUCAGACUUUUCAAGCAAAGCGGCUUUGGAAACAUUAUAAGACGUAAGGGCAGGUGCGCCCUCACAAACACGUCAUCUGACCUAUGCGCGUAGCCUUCUUCCGCGUCACAUUGGUCGGCACUCGAUCACGCAUGCGCACAGCUUGCCUACUUCGGUCUCACAGUCCCUGGGAUAGCAGGCUAGCGGAUAUUUUGCAUCAGGGAAUUAGAAACUGGCGUUAUUCAAUGUCCAAUCGAUUACUGAUGCAUGGCGCGUUCUUGAGUCGGUCGUGUUUUGUGUACUUUUCAACCCUUCGAGACGUGUCGCUUAGAAGAAAGCGCCCUGUAAAGGCGCUUGUUAGCCUCGCCCUCAUCAUCAUCGUCAUCAACGUGACACCAUGUCUGUUAGAGUUAUAAACGCCAAUCGGUAAGUUGUGGUGGACUGUGUCCAGUCCUUACAUGUCUACUCUUCUACCGAAGUUAGUCAGCCGGACUUCCCACGUACACUUGGCGUCGAUACCACAUAUGGAGAGGGCGCGAGCCGUCAACAAUGAUUUUUUUCGGACUUUAGGUAGUACGCAUCUGUUGGCAGACAGUUCUAACUUCAUCUCUUCGUAGUUCGCAAAUUCCCAUGUCUUGUGGAGUCCCUGCCAUGCCGCGGUGUUCGCGGGAAAUGAAGCUUCCAGACCUGUACCAAUGGUCUGGAUGUCUCAUAUACAACCCAGUAUGCCUUGAUAGUCAUUUGGCUUCUGUUUAUCUCAACCAAGCAUCCUACUGCCUGCCCUCUACUAGACUCGCCUAAUUCCCUUAUGGAAACUUGUUUGGAAGAACUACCUAUGUCUCUCUGUCGCUUUGAAUGAUAAAACUCAGGGAACACAGCCUUUUUAAUCAGAUCUAUCCGGCCCACAUUCCACGUAGCAAAGGGCCGUCUAUGUGAAAUUUGCAUUGUAACCGGAUCCUUGCAAUUGCUUACUCCUUCAUCCUUUUAGGUGUGACUACAGUGCUGUCUAACAAAGUUUCGAAUUUUGUAGGUCAGCGCCUGUGAAAAUAUAACUCGCCUGGUGUCUGAAAUUAAACAGCUGCUGAUUCUGGGUGACUUCUGUUGGUUGGAGAAGGUGACCAAGGCGGGUGCAGAGGAACGAGAGAGGAGACGGGCAGAACUGGAUGCGGUCGCUGUAAAACUCGCAGACGAGCUCGCUGCUGACCUCUUCACCCUGGAUGAUAAGUUGGGCACUAUGGUGAAUCGCGCUGCACCUUCCCCAACCUCGACUCACAGUGCAACCAACGAUUUGACGCCUAACGAACCUAAACCUGAACCCCUUUAA